AAAUCGACAGUCUUAGCCUGGUCGGUGUGACGAGUACAACACAAACGCUUUGAGGUACGGAACGCGUGCGCACGUUAAUGUCGGACGUCGGUUUUAAAAAAGUUUGAAUACUUUGCUUUGGUUUUGGACUUGAAGUGUGAGCGCGUAUACAGUGUUGGUGUGUAUAAGUGUGUGUGUGUGUUUGUGUGUGCAUGUGCGUGAACACGAAUCGAAGACGAGUAUACGACGAGCAUAAAAUUGCGGAAUGCACAUUAAAGAAAAGCACAUAAAAUAUCCACAAUAGCGCCCGACAAGGAAGUGUAAAAGCAGAAAUGUUGAAAUAAGAAAUUAAAAAAAAAAACAAUGAAAAACACGCAACAAUUGCAACAACAAUAUUAACAGCAGCAAAAAUUCAAAAACUACAAAAUUAAUUUGUAUUUGGCAAAAAUUUAAAUUAGAUUACGCAAAAAUCAACGCGCCCAAACAGCAAAGGAGCGACUAUUAAACGUUGGACCGGCGCAAAAUAUAUUUGGCAAAAUAAAAUAAAAAUCAUAAAAAACACAGAAAUUACAAAAUUCAACGGGCUACGAGUCAAACAUACACAGACUGCCAAAAUGAAGCCAUUCACACAACUUGUCUAUGCAGCACUGCAAAUAAUCACAAUCGCCACUUUGGCCACACAUGGUGCACAAAUACCAACAGCAACGAAAGAAGCCCUGUCAGAAUUGGAAGCCGAAGCGUCCGAUUCCUACGCCACAUCGAAAUCCAGCAUUGAACCCACAGUGCGAAUAAAGUGUUUGAGCGGUUCCAUGUUGAUAACCAUCAAAGAUGCACCGCUAAAUCAUGAGACUGGCCUAUUUAGUGGCAUGAUUUAUCCGAAGGGACUGUCGAAGAAUUCGACAUGUCUUAGCGAGUAUAGGGAUCAUGACGGCCCAUUGAGAUACAAGCUACCGUUACGCAGUUGUAAUACCAUGCCUCAAGAGACGGAUGACGGCGGCAUUGAGUUCUUCAACACCAUCGUCCUGCAACCACAUUUGAAACUGAUCACCGACGCCGGUCGUGGCUAUCAUGUGCGCUGCUCGUAUAAGAGUCGCGAUGCGGCGACCAGCUCGCCAAAGAAGAAGCAUACACAACGCAAAGCGAGCAGCGGCAAGCAAGCACAAAAGCCGCAGGCGUAUCGCAGCGCUGAAACGGCAGCUGUGGGGGUGGGUGGCGAUCGUCGUGAUUAUGGACGCUCGUUGGAUAAAUAUCAUGCCGCAGGCGAUGAUUUCGAUCAGGAUGAUGUGUACGACGGCGAUGAUGCUUUGGAUGCGGCCAACCAAGAGGAGGACAGUCUCAACGAGAUACCAAUGCCCGGUUGCCAUAUGAAAAUCUACAAUUCUGAGCAUAAAAUUGCUGAUGAUGUGAAAAUUGGUGAUCCGCUGACGAUUGUCAUCAGUAUUGACAAACAGGAGCUGUACGGUCUGCAUGUGGCCGAUUGUAUUGUGCGUGACGGUUUGGGUUGGGGUGAGCAGCGGCUAUUGGGCGAUGAUGGUUGCCCAAUGGACAAUGAAAUUAUGGGUCAAUUCAACUACACCAGCGAUCAUUUGGCGGCCAAUGUCACCUUCCCGGCACACAAAUUCCCUUACACCACAUCCGUGUACUAUCAGUGCAAUGUGCAUUUGUGCGCCCUGCAGGAUCCCGAGUGCAAAAUGCCUCCUACGUGCAGCGGCAAACGACCGAAACGACAAACUAACAACGAUAACAAAGACGAAGACGGUCAACCGGCCACCAUCGAAGUCUACUCCGGUUUGUAUGUGAACGAGAAUGUGGAUGUGUCCGAAGGCGAUGAUGAUACAGUGCUCAAGGAGCGGACACUUGAGGAUGCGUUGUGUGUGUCGCAGCGCACCUUCGCCAUUGCCAUAGCAAUUGCCGGUCUCAUCUUGAUGUUGGCCGUCGUUGCCGCCGUACUCUGCAUUAUGGCUCGAAGAAGCACGAAGAGUGUGUCGAAUUCGGGCAGCUCCAUUUACAGUGGUCCCUAUACGAAUACAGCGUUUUCGCAUAGCAGUUAAAUGCAAUACACACACAAACACACACAUGUAACGUGAUUGCGCAAUGUGAACACACAAACACAUUUACACGCGUAUAAAGAGAGUUAGAAAUUUUAGUUUGAAUAUUUUUUCUUUAAUUUUUUUCGAAAAUUUUAUUUUUGAAAAUUAAUUUUUUUUUAAUUUUUAUUUGCGAAAUUUUUAUUUUAUAAGUAAUUAAAAAAUUUUCAAAUUUUUUAUUUUCGAAAAUUUCAAAAUUAUUAUUUUCGAAAAUUUCAAAAUUAUUAUUUUCGAAAAUUUCAAAAUUUUUAUUUUCGAAAUUUUUUUUUGGAUUUUUUAUUAUUAUUUUUUAAUGUUCUGUGCGUAAUUUUGAUGUUAUAAAUAAGUUUUUAAUUUUUUAUUUUUGAAAACUUAUUUUGGAAACCUUUUUUUGAAUUUUUUUUUUCGAUUUUUUUUUUUAUUUUAACUUUCGAUUUACCCACACACACACAUACACACAUAUGAACACUAAAAGUGUUUUAAAGCAAACGAAAUAUUGAUGUAAGAGAAGUUGAAAAUUUCUUCGUACACUGCCGCUGCAAAUAAGCGCAGUCUAUAGUAGUCAUUGUGUUUAGUUGUUAAGGUCACAAAUAACGAUGAGCGACGACGUAGAAGUGAAAACAAAAUAAAAAAGAUAAACAAUAGUUUUUUUCUCGUAUAAAUGUUUAAGGGGCAGAGCAGAGACGCAGUAAUGACUAAAAAAUAGAAAAAAAAAAAUAUUUUUCAAAUUUUCUACGCUGCACACUGCUCUGCACCAACUCGAGCUGCCCAUAAUUACGCAAUUAAUUAAUUACCGUAUUAAAAUAAAAUAAUUAAUGUAUUAACUUUAAGUUUAUAGUAAGCCACGACACACGCUAUUCCUAGCAGAGCAAGUCUUUACAUUUAUUAUAAAUAUAUAUAUUGUAUAACCAAUACCAUAUACACUCACGCACACACACACACACACAGACACACUUCAAUACAGUCAGUAUAUGUAUGUAAUACAGCGUAGAUAUUACUGGGCAAUAAAAAAUUAAAUUAGUGAAAACAGAAAACAAUGUUUUAAAAAGCAAAUUAUGUAAGCUUAGCGUGAUUGCCCUUUAAUAUCGCAAAGGUAUAACACCUAAAAGUAUGCAACGCAUGCUCGCAGGCGCCUUUGUUUAGCUGAGAACAAGUAAAAGUACUCAUAAAAAUUGAAUUUUUUUUUGGUGGUGGUCAAUUUGCUACACUUAAUCUUAACGCUUGGUUGGCGCGCCGCAACAAAAAUGUCAAAAUAUUACAAUAAGCAUAUGAAGUAAAUAUGUUUUUGUGUAAAUUGUAUGUACAACGAAUGCGCGCACAACCUGCUCAGGUGAUACUAUUAACUAUUAAUUCUAAUAUAAAGUAUAAAUAUUUAAAUUAUUAACCUAUACUCCUCUCAAAUUGAAAUUGUUUUUGUACUUGUAUAUGUCUUAGUAAAAACCAAAGUUUAGAGACGGCGGAAUUUUUAAAAAAUGCAAAAUUUAUAUUUCGUAGAAGCAAAAAUUUAGAACAAGAAUUUGAAAACUAAAAAAAAUAAUUUUAAUUUAUUAAACAAGAAAUUUAAAAUAACAUUUGAAAAACACCUAAAAGUAUGCAACAACAGUAAACUGUGUACAAUUGCGAAGAAUAUUGUGUAUACUACGUACUAUCUUGUCAUUACAACUUAAAUCUUAAUAUUUUAACUUUAUACUUUAAUAAUUAUGUUUUUUUACUAUAACUAAACUGUCAUUGUCAGCUAAAAAUCGAACUAAUUUAUUUGUUUAAACAAAUUAUGUAGUAUGGAAAGUAGAAGGGAGAAGAGGAUUUAAACUAAAAAUUGUAUGCGUUUAAUUUUAUAAAAUGUAAAGUGUGUCGUUAUGGCGUGAAAAUAAAAUUUAAAAUAAAAAUGUACUUAUAAAAUUUAUGAAAAUAAUAAAGGCCCUUAAAUUGAAACGUCCAGAAAA